AUGGAUUCGACUAGCAUCGGCGGAUCUUUCUUGGUGGCGAGCGCAAUCAAAGAUGUUUUAUCCUCGAUAAUAGAUAAGAAGAAGCAUGCCAAAAUAGCUGAUAUCCUUAAUCCUUUUAUUAGUUCAUCAAUUGACCAAACUUCAGAAAAAAUUCAAAUAUGUGUAAUUGUCGAUCAUUUAUGUCGAAUUUUUGAUGUUAAAAUAUUUGAUAAUAAUGGUAUUAUGCCAAAUUUUGACGUCAUGAAAAUUAGAUAA